AUGUACGCUCGCCUACGAGAUAUCUUCGAACUAGAAACACUGCGAGAUCGCUUUGAGCUCCAAGCAGUUGUUGAAAGGUAUGCAGCAAGCCGAGAUAUUGAACUGGCGCAGGAAGCAUCAAGGCUUUUUCGGGAAAACUACGGGAUUAACAAAUCUUCCAACAUCAUUCCGCCGUUCAAAAUUCAUUUUCCUUCUUAUUUCAUGACAAGGAGCCCGAAUCGUAUCUCUUAUUGUCCGAUACCGAAGAAUAUGUCGACGGUAAUAACGGCUAUCAUUUGCUGGUUGUUCAGCGAAGAAUUUAGGAAUGGAAAUAUCACCCUCACUGGUGAUCACAAAAGAUCCUGCUACUAUAAGAACGGCUUGCAUGCAUUUGAGCAAGUGAAGAAAUUCGAACGUGGGGAGAAGUGGAUUAAUUUCGCCAUGAUUCGAGAGCCUCAGGAGCGUUUCCUUAGCGGAUUCAUGUUCAUGUGUUUACCAAACAACACAGUGAACAGCACAUGUGGAGGAUGUGUUAACGACAUCAAAUGCGCUUUGCGAACUACGCUCGAGCAGGCGCGCAGAUUUGCAGCAGGCGACUUGUCUGCACGAACAUAUCUUCUAUGGCAUCUCGGUCCACAAAACUGGCAUUGUCACUUCCACAGAAACUUGGAUAGGAUACGGUUAUUUAAAUACUCCCCUCGAGAUCAAGAGAAAACUAUAUCGGACUUGACGUUGGUGUUGAAAGAAAUUAGCGCCGUUUCAGAAGGAGCAGUGAAAUCGACAGAUAUACAUUUUAUUAUUUCACAAAUUUCUAAGAAAAAGACGAGACACACAACAUACCAAAACGAGAACAGGGAGUUCUACAAUUCUCAGCUAAAUAAUAUCGAAAUGCAAAGGAUGCUAGUUGAGGUCCGUGUUGGAGUUGCUGCACUUGACGAAGCAACGCAGAGCAUCAGUUGGCCAGUUUGUGGAGGAGCCAUCGGGAUGGCCAUUGACCGUCUACAUGAACGCGGCAUCGCAACCGAUUUCGACUUUCAAAUAUUCACGGCUCCUACAACGUGCAAUGGUGAUGAUGCUGUAGGCAUUGGCCUUGGUUUUAUGGCCAACAGUUCAGUCGACGCAGUGAUCGCUCCACCAUGCAAAAUGGGUAUUGCUGCUCAUCGAAAUCAAUUUUUAUAA